GUUUUGAACCACGAAGGCCUAGAUGAGGUUGUGGGACUUGAACAUGCUUGUAUGGUGGAGUCCACUGCAUUGGAUACGAUAAAGAUUGAAUGGAUACUUUUAUGUGCAUAAAAGUGCAGAGUACAUGGACGUGACGUCACGUGAUGUAUCGAAUUAAUAUUUGCCAUAAAUUAUCGACUUUUACGACAGUGUCGAAACAGCGUGUCGCAAGUGUAGGAGGCUCAGCUCGUUACGUCUACAGCCAUUGACCUCCGUUCUGCCAACAUGGUAUUUUGUGAUGGUUUUGAACAUGACAACGCACACUUUACAUCGUAUUUUUAACGCACGGCGCUCGAGGAUUAACGGUGCACGACAGACUGAUGUCAUGAGAGUCGGGAGGAACAGUUGGGAGACUCGGGGACACUCGGGGGGGUUCGGGACUCUCGGUGCCUGAUGUGAUAAUGCUCGAGAUAGCCAUCGAAACUGGAAUAAAUAAAGUUGCUUGCGUUUCGGACAGUGAUUGGAAGGUAAUCUCCCCUGUUUCCACUAAUGACUGCCAGGAUAUCCGUGUCAUCAAGCGAGAGCUGGGCAGAUCUCCACUGAGUAUGAAGGGAGAGGGGUGUUUACGGCUCUUAAAAGCGAGGAAGUGGGAUGUGGCUACCGUGUAUUUAUGCUGCUGUUCAAGAUAUGAGAAUCAUUGAAUCAGCAUUGCUUUGGAUGUCCUCCCUCGCCGCUCUCACCGGGGUCGAAUCGGUGGGCUCCCCGUCGCUCAACACACACACCGUGGGUCUGUGCUUCGGACCCGGAGGGAACCCAUGAAGGCUCCUCGACUGCUGGACGAGAACUUAGACAACUACCUUGUGGUUGAUUCUCUUACCUAAAAGCAAUAUGUGAAUCCACAAAGUUCCACAGUUGCAAUUAUUUUUUAUUUUUUUUAUUUUUUGUUGUGUGAAGGCUAUAUUUUGCAUGAACGCCAUAAAGCCACCUUUAGGCCAGCAUGGAUUCGUCUUUAUCCCUGGGCAGACUGGAACUAAACUCUAGCCCGACACUUGGGGUAAAUCUCAGCCCGCGUCCCUCUUCAGGACCCCCGGUGGAGGAGACGGGUCUCCCUCAGGGCCCGUCGCACCUCAGCGGCUGCGUGCCGCUGUCCCAUCAGGUGGCGGGUCACAAGUAUGGCGUGGACAAAGUAGGUAUUUUACAGCACCCGGAUGGAACCGUCCUGAAACAGCUUCAGCCGCCACCAAGGGGUCCACGAGAGAUGCAGUUUUACACCAAGGUGUACGCUAAGGAUUGCUAUGAUCCGUGUAUGCUGGAGCUCCAGAAUCACCUGCCAAAAUACUACGGCACCUGCUGCUCCCUGGACAGCCCUAACGACCUUUACCUGAAGCUGGAGGACGUGACGCGGCGCUUCACCAAGCCGUGCAUCAUGGACGUGAAGCUGGGCCAGCAGAGCUAUGACCCCUUCGCCUCGCAGGAGAAGAGAGAGAUGCAGAUCUGGAAGUACCCGCUGAUGGAGGACAUCGGCUUCCUGCUCCUUGGCAUGAGGGUUUAUAAGGUGUGCGAUGACAGUUUUGAGACGUACGACCAGCACUACGGGAGGGGACUGGUGAAGGACACUGUCAAAGAAGGCCUCUCCAAGUUCUUCCACAACGGCGCGGGGCUGCGUCUGGACGCGGUGACGGCCAGCGUGAGGCGCGUGCGCCGCAUCCUGGCCUGGUUCCAGUCCCAGAGGCAGCUGGUCUUCUACGCCAGCUCCCUGCUCUUCGUGUACGAGGGCCACCCUUCCCCCUCCUCCCCCCCCUCCUCCCCCCCCACGUUGUCCCCCGUGGCCGCGCCCGGGACGGAGGUGGCGGCGGAGGACCGGGACGUCCGGGACACGGGGGUCUCGACGGGCGGGGGGCGGGACGAGGGGAGGUCGGACUCGGGGGUGCUGAAGGAAAUGUCAGAGUACAACAAUAACAACAUCCAGGGCUGGACUACGGGCUUCAGCCUGGCCCACCAGUACGACAACCAAAGGAAAGCCGCGCAGCAUUACCGCCACGCCGGCAAGGCGCAUCGCCGCGGCAACCACGGCGGGGGCGGGGGCGGCGGCGGCGUGCCCAUGGCCGCCGCCCCCCCCGCCGCUCCCCCGGCCGCGACGGACCCGGCGGGCGGGGACAUCCAGCUCCAGCCCAACGGCAACGGGGUGGUCCUGAUGCAAGCGGACGCGGAGCGGCGAGCAGCGAGUGAUGGAGGUGAGACGGAGGGGGGAGGGGGAGGCGGCGGGGGGAGGAGGGACACGGGGCCGACGGAGGGGAAGGGAGGGGAGGUGGAGGUGAGGAUGAUAGACUUUGCCCACGUGUUUCCCAGCGACAGCCAGGACCAUGGCUACAUCUACGGCCUGAAGCACUUGUUGGCCGUGCUGGAGGAGAUCCAUGACGAUGCCUCCUAGGACCUCUCCCUCCCCCCCCUUAGAUACCCCCUACCUCCCCCCCCCUCCCCUCUCUCUAACCUUGUAUCAUCUCCUCUCUGGCCCUUUGGCAGCUGCUCCCACACACCAUAUGUCAUAACUACGCUACUUUAAUAUUUAGUGUUGGUUCCUCGAUCUCUCGCCACAACACUCUCAUUCCCCCCCCGGCGGACUAGAUGUAGUAUAGAGUAAUAAAAGAACCAGAGUCUUCAACUCGCCAUCCAAUCACCAUGGCAACGCAGCGGUCGCCUACGUUGUCGUCUUCGUCGUCGUCGUCGUCACCAUCAUCUCACGCAUUAACUGCCUGGUCGCGUGCAUCUGUGUGUGCGGAUGUUUUUUUGUCUCGUGUCUCCCCCCCCCCCCCCCCCCACCCCUUUGUAAACGGUGUGAAACUCCACCAGAGCCAGUCUCUCCCUUUUUUUGUUUUUGUGAAACAAACAUUGACUUGCACUGUACUGUAUGAAGGUUUGUUGUGUUCAUGACCACGUCCUUUUAAGGCAUUUGUAGUCCCGCCCCCCUUUGGAACAUAACUGGCAGAACGGUCGAAGGGCUUGUUGUCUCUCGCACACGCUCAGAUGUGUUCUGAGGCGCACCCGAGUGAACUCAACUCGGGGGGGGGGGGGGAGUCCACUGCCGACUCGGUGGAACGAUAGGCUAGUUAACCGGUCGGUUUUUAUUUCCACCUCCUUUUUGUGGUGUAAAAAUGUUGACAUUAAAAAAACAACAACCUGAAUCACAAUUUCAAAGUUUACAGGCUCGUCUACUUGGCUGAGGGACAUGCCUAACCAUUAACUCCUUCAACACGAUGAGACUAGUUUAUAUUGAGGUAGUCAAAUGGACGUUUUAGUUUAUUUUGAGAGAGCAUGCUUGAAUAAGUCUUACCGGCCCAUGCUGUAAAAGCGUUGAGCUUCACAUGACCAGUGGAGAAGGGACUGCUGGUCAUAGUUUCCAUGCAUCUCUUUCUCAGUUUCUCUUAUUUUAUGUUUUAGUUGUUUCAAACGACUACAGGUAUCUAACUCAGGUAAAAUAAUUACUGUAAUCAAAAUUAAUAUUGUCAAUAUCGCGAUGUUUAACAACAUGAUUCUCAUCUGAUCUGCAUAUACUAUUCCAAACAACAUUUUUAUAAACAAUUUGUGGACUCAUUGCGCUUCGUUGAAACCCCUGAUCUCGGUUUGAUGACCUCAUGAUUUUUAGUGAUGAUUCCACUGUUCUCAUGACAUGUUCUUUUAGCUAUUUAAAUGUUUUUUCUUCAUUGUUGCUGCCAAAUGACCUGUCCUUUCCGAAGACCAUGACAUUUUUUCAUUUUAUUCACCCCAAUCUCAGACCUUGUUUGAUCAAUAUGAUGUGACAUUGUCAUGUGAAAACCGUUUUAAUUCCCUUUUUUUUUAAUUCCCUUUUUCAUGCAAAAAAAUGAGGCCACUUUCUAUUUCAUUAGUUAUAAGUUACCACUGUUACCUGAUUUGACGUAGUUGGAAGAAAUAAGAAUAUAGUAUGUCAAUCACCCGGUUAAACGCAUCCAUGUGAUAUGACAAUGGGGGGGAAAAAGGUUUCAUUAUGGAACCAUGUGCUACGGAACCAUGUGUUACAGAACCAUGUGUUACGGGACCAUGGAACGAUGAUGAGGACUGUAUGAUUGUUCAGACCAAUCUGCUCUGUUGGUGGCCGUUGAGGAACAGAAUGCUACAGCGCUGUUUACGUCAAAUCAAAGCAAAAGUAGAUUAUUCACUGCAGGCAAUGCUAUAUUAGUAAUUUAGUUAUUUUGAGCUUAAGCUCAAUUAUUAUUUUGUUUUGAUGAUCAUUAACGUUUCCAUUGUAGCAGGCUAAAAUUGUAUAUUUUAAUCGGGCAAUAAUAAUUAAUUUACAUUUCUAUUUUAUUCGUCCCCGCUCGUUUUGGCCCGGAUAAACUGUCUUGAUUUUAACAUGUCACUUGUAGCUUGUAAUAGAUGAGAGGUACAUUAUAUAGAAAUCAAUAUUUGCGAGGUAAAUACAUAUUUAAUUGCUUAAUUAACUCUGUAACCUGAACUAGAGAAUAUAUGAUCUCAUAUCCUUGUCGAUAAAAACUAACUUGAUGCAUAUUGGAAGUGUUCAGAGGAAGCUUUUGGCAUCUGUUGAAAUGUUUACAAGAGUUUGGUGGGGGAAGAAUGACUUUUAAUUCUAUAUAUUUUUUUUGUACCACUGCCUUAUUUCUGUUGCUGUUUUUCCUCAAGUUGUCUUUGAUUAUAAAUACUGAAAUGUAAUCAUCCUGGCAGCUGUGCUCAUAUACUCCUCCUGUGUCUCUAGUGGUAAGGCUGUAUCGAUGCACCCCGGCAGCAACACUAUCCAGCAUUUUCAUUCAGGGCAUUGAGUCCCACGAGUCGGCUUAGGAUCAUUCACCAUCGAUUCAUUUGAGCAAAAUGCAAUUUUUUUUUUUUAUGCAAGAAACGUCUGACUGUGCAUCAUGUCCGACUGUGUGAAAGCAUAUGAGGGCUGCGUGUUGUCUGGCAGGUUUUGUUACCAACAUAUGUGAAUCGUGUUUAAUCACACGCUCGCGUGUACAACCCCAACCCCUCCCCCAACCCAUAAUAUAAUACCUACUUAAUACGACGACCUCAUCGAUUCCUGUUCAGUAAACUGAGCGGAUAAAAGGGAAACAUGAAAUAUAAUCGAUCCCUUACAAUACAAACAUCAAGCCCAGCCGAAUGACUGACCGACAGACGUACAGACCGACUGGCCAUAGAGAGAGAGAGAGAGAGAGGGGACCAGCUCGUCCCCUGAUAUAUUGUACAUGAUGUGUUUAUUUUCUUGUCCCCUAACCAAAGGACCCCGGCCGAGGGCCCACCUUAAUGGCAAGAGUAAUGUAUAUAUGAAUGCACCUUUACUCGGACUGGUAUCUUACUCGCGUGAGUUAAACCCUAAUCAUAAUACCUGAGAAUACAGAGCCGGGGCGUCAGAGUCUGAGAUGCUACUAGUUUGUUUGCACAUGUAAGGGACGUGGAUGGAGUCACUGGGGGUGUAGAGCGAGGCACCACCAGGCGACGCUGCAGAAGGCAGAAGGCUUCUGCAGCGUUUAGGACCACUGAGGCUGCCGAGGCAAAGACUCUAAAAAUGACUUGUUUACACCUUUUAACAAAACUUUGAACAAAGUUGGCCUUGCUUUUUAACUAAAACAAUUCCAUUACCUAAACAGCUAGUAAAGAUAAUUGUUUUAUAUGUAUUAGCUGUUUAUGUCGUCGGAAAAGAGUAUACCUAUCUCGUUUUUAGGGGAGGCUGGAAAGGAAUGACUUUGCUCAUUUGAUUCACAGCGAUAUUCUGUGAGGCACUAGAGACUAAUUAAAUAGCCCAUGUUAAUUCAGUUAACGUCGCUAUAAACACAUGAAUGAAACGGUCCUUUUCCUCUUCUGUAGUCGGGACAAAGUUGGAAGGUGUGGUAAUGACGGACCUGUCCUCAUAGCUAGUGUAGACGAGACGACUUGAUGGAAUGCGGCCAUCGAGGUUUAGGCUUUUGGACGAACGUCGCAUACAAACGGAUCUCAAUGGAGAUGGCUGCAUUCCAUCCAAUCUGACAUAGGAACAUUGACUUGUCAAAAGUGUUUUUCAACAACUAUUAAUGCAUUGACCCCACAUAACACAUGUUUCUGUAUGUACCUGAACGAAUGGUUGCAUAGAGAUUGUCUCAUUUGUUUUGUUUGAGUGAAAAUAUAUUGGUUGGUUGGUAAAGGUGAAUGAGAUUGAUCUGGUGUACCAAGUGAGCGUAUGUUUUUAAUUCUCAUUACAUUAUGCUAUCAUUGUAAUACAGAGCUGCAGUGAUGAUUUCAAUAUUAUGGAAUAAAUGUUUUGAAAUAUAGGGGAGGUUUCCUUUGCCAGUUAUAUUGGGGAACAAUAUGUCUUAUAUGUCUGUUAAUAAAUACAAUUCCAGA